AAUCAAAUAAUUUUCUCGCUUGGCGCUAACCAAGGUGGCACCACUAAUUUUUCCCACAUACGCGCCAUGCUAACUCAGAACGUAAGACACUCCCCAAUUUUUUUAAGAUGUGCACCUCUGGGGACUUUGUGUCCUCUCAUGUCUAUGCUUCAAGACGAUUUUGUUACUAUCGAUAAAAAUGACACUAAAUACCGCAAUCCAUUUUACAACGCUACUAUGUUCUUUCUGUGGACUGGUCAAUUAUAGUACCAUACAUCUCUUCACCAUACAGACUGUAAAUUGUCUAUGUUUUAAGGAAAAUAACUUGUUUAUCUGUGCAGCAACUGUUAUGUAGUCUAAAGUCGCAAAUAUGUAGUCUAGAGCUUACCGUAACUUGUCCGUUAUCAGACCUAGAGGUGCAAUGAUCAACUAUUAUUAUGACCAAUACAAAGACGUCUACUGACUACAUGAUUGACAGAUUCAUUCAGUGAAAGGAAGUACAAGUGGGGUUAAAGUACAAAAGUACAGUUCAUCUCUGUACUGGCAUGGGAUUGUAGGAAAUAUUUCAUAUUCAUUUUGAUAUGAUUUCAUAAAAAAAGACUUCAUAUAUGUCCUCAACAUUUCGUUUCUGAAACACUAUAAUCAAGGUAUGUAUGUCUAUUUUUUAAGUUAUCAUUUUUUCACAUAAAGCAAAAUGUUUUCAACUAAAUUUGGCUUGAAAAUUCUAUGCGUAUUUUAGGGAGUUCAAAUAAAGAUGAUUAUUGAAAUAGGAAUGUCGUUAUUCCUAAGCUGGGUUUUGUGGUUUCUUAUUUCAAACUACUUUCGAAGACGAAGGAUGCCUCCUGGUCCAUUCCCAUUACCAGGAAUAGGGAAUGCCUUGAGUGUUGGACAUGAGCCACCAUUUUCAAUGGAUCACCUACGUAAGAAAUAUGGAGAUAUUUAUACAAUAACCUUCCCUAUUGGAACUUUCGUCAUUGUAAAUCGCGGAGAGUUUCUGCUGGAGGCACUUAGUAGCAAGAAAGACGAUUAUGCUGGUAGACCGGAUGCUGCAUUUUUUCCAAUAAAUUCGAUAUUCGAAGGCAAAGAUAUACUUUUCGCUGACUAUGAACCACCACUUAUAUUUCGUCGCAAAGUUGUCUCGUCGGCGCUUCAUAUGUUUGGCAAAGGAAUUGAAAAUGUGGAAAGACGAGUUUCUGGCGAAGUUGAUAGACUAAUCUCCUGGAUUAUAGCGAAGAAUGAAGAAGCUUUUCCUCCACAAGGUCAAAUAACCUUUACAAUUAUGAACAAUAUUAGUGAAUGGUUGUUGUCAAAAAGAUAUGAUUUCAACGAGCCGAUUGUCAGGAAACUUUUUGACUUCAACGACAAAUUACUUCUGGUUUCUCGUCAAGGCAGCUACUAUCAAUUCUUGCCUUUCAUGAAAUACUUACCAACAAAAUUCAUGGAAGAUUGCCGAGAAGUAAUCCAAACUCGCGAAGAGUUUUUCACCUCGCAUUUCAGUUAUCACCGUGAUACAUACAAUGCAAGUGUUAUACGUGAUAUUACCGAUGCCCUGAUCGCUGCAUACGAGACGGAAAAAGAAAAAGAUCGAGGAAAAGAUUUUGGAAAGAUCGAGGACAUCAAAUUUCUCAUGAUGGAUAUACUACUUGCGACCACCGACACAACUUCAUCUAUUUUGACCUGGUUCAUUUUGUUCAUGAUUUUACACGAAGAUAUACAAGAUAAGGUCUACAAAGAGCUUCUUGAUGUGGUCGGGGAGGAUCGUUCGCCAUGUUGGAACGAUAUGCCUAAUCUUCAUUAUCUAAAAUCAACAAUAUGCGAAGUCAUGAGACUUUCAGCAUUUGGCCCUUUGAACGUCCCACAUAAAGCAAUUCGAGAUUCAAUGAUCAAUGGAUAUCAUAUACCAAAAGGGACCACCGUUAUAUUUAACUUCUGGAGGAUUCACAUUGAUCCCCGAGAUUGGAAAAAUCCCAGUGUUUUUGACCCAAAUCGAUUUCUUGACGAAAAUGCAAAGUUUCUUGGAUGGGAUGCCUUAAAGUGUUUCAGGCCAUUCGGGGAAGGUCGUCGAAUGUGUUUGGGACAUGCUUUGGGCAAGAUGCAGCUGUUGAUUGUAGCCGCUAAAAUCUGUCAUAAUUUCAAGCUAAAAAUUCCUGAAGGACAACCCAGACCCAGCAUAGAAGGAACUAUGACCGCUGUAAGAUAUCCAAAGAAAUACGAAGUGGUAGCUGUUAAAAGACUGUAGAUGUUUUAAUUGACUAAAU